AUGGAUAGCGACAAAGAUAGAACGCAGACACCCAUCAUUUUUGCGCCCGAGACUUACCAGUACGAUAAGUAUGAAUUGAACGAGUCACAAUUGAGCAAAGAUCCAAUUGAUCAGUUUAGCAAAUGGUUCCAGGAGGCUAAGGACGACCCGCGUGAAACUCUGCCCGAGGCAAUCACUUUCUGCUCUGCUGAAUUGCCCAGCGGGAAAGUUUCCUCCAGAGUGCUGCUAUUUAAGGAGUUGGACCACAGAGGGUUCACCAUCUAUUCCAACUGGGGCACCUCAGGGAAGGCGCACGAUAUAGCGACGAACCCGCAUGCGGGUAUGAAUUUCUUCUGGAAGGACAUGCAAAGACAAGUCAGAGUCGAGGGGAACACCGAGUUUGUCAAUCGUGAAACUUCCGAAAGGUACUUCAAGACAAGACCAAGAGGCUCCAAGAUUGGUGCCUGGGCCUCAGAGCAAUCGCACGUCAUCAAGGAUAGACAAGAACUGGAUGAGGCGACGAAGAAGAACACUGCCAGAUUUGAAGGCGUGGAGGAUGUCCCAUGCCCUCCAUACUGGGGUGGGUUGAGAAUUGUCCCCAUGAAGAUCGAGUUCUGGCAGGGAAGACUCAACCGUCUUCAUGACCGAUUCGUUUACGAAAGGGCAUCAGAAAACGAUCCUUGGGAAAUUUUCAGACUGUCACCAUGA